AUGCCUGGCCAACUACCAAUCUACACGCCCUCCCCCACCCUGCACACCCAACUCGACACCUAUCGCACCAGUCUGAACACCGAGUUCAGCCUGAUCCUCACCGACUACCACGCCCUGCAGCACUUCUCCGUCACCCGCCCCAACGACUUCUGGCUCUCAUUAUGGCGCUUCCUGCCCAUCAAAGCAUCCCGACAGCCAAUCUUGGGUGUAGAUGAAAGUCUGCGGAUCGAUGAAUUCCCCGAGUUCUACAAGGGGAGCCGACUGAACUACGCAGAGAACUUGCUUGGCGGCGGUAUUGGUAAUGGUCUCGCGGUGAAGGCGUUGACGGAGGAGGAUAUCCGGUUGGGCCGGCAAGGUGAGGAGGUUACUUGGGAUGGGUUGCGGGAGCGGACGAGGGUGUACGCGGAUGCGAUGCGAGAGAGUGGAUUGAAGCAAGGGGACGUGAUUGUUGUUAUUGGGGGAAGUACGGUUAAGAGUCUUUGCUUGUUACUCGCGGCGGCGAGUAUUGGGUGUAUUUUCUCGAGCUUCGCAACGGAUGCUGGUGAGAGGGUGCUUAUGGAUCGGGUGGGGCUGUUGAAGCCGAGGCUGUUGUUUGCGGAGAGCAGGUAUGUGUACAAUGGGAAGGAGCAUGAUAUUGCGGAGCGAGUGAGGAAGGCUUGGGAGGAGAGCGAGAAGGCGGAGGGGGCGGAGAUUGUUGGUACCACGGAGGGGAGAGUGCCGGAGGGUUGGACGUCGAUGGCGGAGUUCCUAAAGCGAGCAAAGGGCAGGAAGUCGGUAUUUGAGCAGUUACCUUUUCAUACACCGUUUGUGGUCAUGUUCUCAAGCGGGACGACUGGAACACCGAAAGGGAUUGUGCAUUCACAAGGUGGUUUGGUGGUGAAUGGGAUGAAGGAGCAUAUACUAAACUAUGAUCAUGGGCCAGGGAGUGUGCAUUAUCAUUAUGCUGGCAUUGGCUGGACGCUGUGGAAUAUCAUGAUCGGAGCCCUAUUUACGGGCGCGCAGAUUGUGCUUUACGAUGGCUCUCCAUUCUACCCAACGCCCGAGAAGUGUCUACAAGCAGUCCUCGCCGCAGGCGUGACCUCCUUCGGCGCCGGCCCACGCUACUUCGCAGAACUACAGAAGGCCGGCGUCGACGCGAAGCCCUACACCCAGAAGGUCGACAAGAUCCCGUCCGCCGGCGCCCUCCUCACGGCCUCCUUGUCGCAAUGGAUCGUAUCCUCCUUCGGCUCUCACCCCUGCCAAAUCUCCACGUCCGGCGGUACUGAGCUGUGCGGCAACUUUGUCCAUGGCAGUCAGACACUACCCGUGUACGCGGGCGAGAACGCUGCAAAGUGCCUGGGCAUGGACGUCGACAUUUUCACGCCCGAGGGCAAGUCCGCUCCCUAG